UCUCCCGUGGCCCUCUAUCAGCCACAACAAACUAGGCCAUCUACCAUCUUUCAGCGGGCCCUCUGCCACACCCAGACUGGGUGAUGGAGAGGUUCUUCCGCGGCCCUUUCAACCACAACCUGCCAACACAUGGACCAAUACUGCUCAGCGGGCCCUCCGCCACACUCGGACCGGGUGCUGGGGAGCUUCUCCCGUGGCCCUCUAUCAACCACAGCAUACCAGGCUGUCUACCAUCGUUCAGCGGGCCCUCUGCCACACCCGGACUGGGUGAUGGGGAGGUUCUUCCGCGGCCCUUUCAACCACAGCUUGCCAACACAUAUACCAACAUUGCUCAGCGGGCCCUCCGCCAAGCCCGGACCGGGCGCUGGGGAGGUUCUUCCGCGGCACCUGCGACUUCAAUCUGCCAACCCAUCUACCACCAUCAAUCAGCGGGCCCUCCGCCACACCCGGACCGGGUGCUGGGGAGGUUGUCACGCGGCCCUACCAGCGUAUUAUCGCCACCGAGUGCAAUAUCAAUCAAAGAACUCAAGGACCUUGUAAAAUGCAAUGACAAUAACACGUCCAAGCCCAUGCGACUUGCCCGACUCUAUAGGUUGCCUUAUCAGAUCUACCAUAGUUUGCAGAUGAAACUUGGGAUGGCAGGCUGCUAGCGGAUUGAAAAAGUACCAGAUCAUGCUGUGUGGGGUGCUGUCCCGGUUAACAAUGAGGCGAACGAGAUAUUUGCAGAUACG